CCUCUGCGGGCAGCACGUUAGUUCGAUCCGUGCGAGCGGCCAACAUGCAGCAGCUGGUGCGGGAUGGCUGGUUCCGGGAGACCUGCGGCCUGUGGCCGGGCCAAGCGCUGUCCCUGGAGGUGGAGGACGUUCUGUACCACAAGAAAUCCGCCUUCCAGGAAAUCCUGGUCCUAAAGAGUAAGACCUAUGGAAAUGUUCUUGUACUGGAUGGAUUGAUUCAGUGCACAGAGAGAGAUGAGUUUUCUUACCAAGAAAUGAUUGCAAAUCUUUCCAUCUGUAGCCACCCAAACCCACGCAAGGUGUUGAUCAUUGGUGGUGGAGAUGGUGGCGUCCUGCGAGAAGUAGUGAAACAUCCAUCCGUGGAAUCUGUGGUUCAGUGUGAGAUAGACCAGGAUGUGAUUGAUGUCUCCAAAGAAUACCUCCCUGGAAUGGCGGUUGGCUAUUCCAGCCCAAAACUUACCCUACACGUGGGGGAUGGUUUCCAGUUCAUGAAGCAGAACCAGGAUGCAUUCGAUAUUAUCAUCACAGACUCCUCAGACCCUGUAGGACCAGCCGAGAGCCUCUUCAAAGAGUCGUAUUACCAGUUAAUGAAGACUGCGCUCCGAGAUGGUGGGAUCCUUUGCUGUCAAGGCGAAUGCCAGUGGCUUCACUUGGACCUGAUUAAGGAGAUGAGACAGUUCUGCAAGACUCUGUUUCCAGUGGUGGAGUAUGCAUACUGCACCACCCCAACCUAUCCCAGUGGGCAGAUCGGAUUCAUGCUGUGCAGCAAAAACCCUAGCACAAUCUUUCGGGAACCUGUGCAGCAGCUUUCCCAAGAGCAGGUGGAUGCAAUGAACCUUCGAUACUACAACUCAAACGUUCACCGGGCAGCGUUCGUCCUUCCAGAAUUCACACGGAAAGCGCUCAGUGAUGUGUGACACCGGCAGAGCUGUCUUCAUUCUAUCUCUGGAGUCUGUCUCCCUCUCCUCCCCGGAGCCUGGCCAGCGGGACUCAGCCUCUCACGGUGGAUUGCUCAAUUUCAGUGCUGGGAACUGUGAUGUAACCUUUCAGGCUCAGUCUAUGGGUACAAUAGUCUUUUAUAAAAAUGUUUGGCGCAUGCAUUUUUCUUCUUAACUUAAAUACUUCUAUUUUAACCCCUUACAAGCACUGUGCGCCCUCUGGCUGCUUUAACAGGGCUUAGCUGCUUUUACCUAUCUCUAGCCUGCUGAUUGCAGUGAUGCUGGUAACAGAUACUGCUACUGGCAGGGCUAAUGCAGAACCCAGACCAACACGCUGCUAAAUCUCCGACCCUCUAAAGCUCUUGGGUUUUUUUUGGGUUUUUUUUUUUUGUUUUUAACACCUUGUCUUGUUACUAGUAAUCUGGGAAGGGGUAGUGGGGACCACGAUAUUCCCCUCCUUUUAAUGGGUUUGGUAUAUUUACAGCUGACUUGUUAUAAGCGGUUAGACUGGGAGGAGGGGGGUAGAAGGUAUUCGUUACCAAAUGUAAAACUGCAAUCACUGAAUGUUCAUUAUCACAAUCUAUAAAAACAAAAUGUAUG